CGCAUAGAUUCAUCUCCUCCACACCAACCUUACUCUUCAAUUCAUCCAUUUCCCACCAUACAACAACCACAAUACAUCCCUUUUCACUACUUCAAAACAACGCACACCGCUACCAUGGCCGACAGCAAUAAGAAAGAGCCCACUGCCGCCGAAGCCAUGCUGUUCUUCAGCAUUGUCAAGCACACUCGAAACAAGGCUGACGUUGACUGGAACGCUGUCGCCACCGAGGCUGGAUUCAAAAAUGCCGAUGUCGCCAAGGUCCGCUUCGGCCAGGUCAAACGCAAGCUCGGCAUCUCUACCGAGACUACUGCUCCCAGCCGCGGUCCAGUGACUCCCAAGAAGACCGCUGGCGCUCGAGUCGCCAAGACUGCCCGUAGCGCCAAGAGCAAAGGGAAGGUCAAGAAAGAAGCUGACACGGUUCUCCUUCACGAUGAAGAUGAGGACGAGCUGAUGAAGGCCGGAAUCAAAACCGAGGAUCGCGAGAUGGAGAAGACUCCAGAGAAGGAGGAUUUCGGAGACGAUGACAUCGAUCCUGCCAACUUCCCUUUCUUUCAGCAGUAGACCCACAUUUGAGUGAUUAUUCCAGACUUUUCAGAUCGAGACUACGAUCUGUUAUGGUUGUUCAAAGUCUGAGUUGGGUUGAUCAGAGUGGAUAUACGAUCUGAGGACCUGAGCUACAGCAACACGAUACCACAGAGCCAAGUAUGAAGGCAACAGAAUUAAGUCAAAAGUUCUAG